UCAUACACCCGCUCCGCCGCUAGUGGGCUACAACCGGAGCUACCGACAGACAGCAGCGGAACAGGAGCUUUAUCGCCCGGGUUACUUCACCCGGCUCACGCGCUUCCUCAGCCUCCAGAGAGGAGACCACGGAUCAUCCCGAGUGAAACACCAGCACCAGGCGCUCGACCCAGCGGGGAAACGCGAGGACUUUACACCGCAUCUCCCGGCGGAUCAGACCGCCAGCUAGCUUUGUUACCACCGCGCAUACGUAGUGUUAGCUCGCCCGUUAGCCAGCUCCGCUAGCCCCCCGAGAAGAAGAAGAAGAAGAAGAAGAAGGCCGCGGAGUUGACCUCGCGUCCGCCUGUUAAACACCCGGCAGCGGCUCAUCCUGGCACAUCGGGGUCGCCCGCAUCGCCCCUCGGACCGGAACCCCCCUCCUCAGAUCGAAGCGCACACACCACCGACAGACGAUGGCCCUGAAACGGAUCCACAAGGAGCUCAAUGACCUGGCUCGUGACCCCCCAGCACAGUGCUCGGCCGGCCCAGUGGGCGAUGACAUGUUUCACUGGCAAGCCACGAUCAUGGGACCUAUUGACAGUCCAUAUCAGGGUGGAGUUUUCUUCCUGACAAUUCAUUUCCCCACAGACUACCCCUUCAAACCCCCCAAGGUUGCAUUUACAACAAGAAUUUACCACCCAAAUAUUAACAGUAACGGCAGUAUCUGUCUGGAUAUUCUCAGAUCACAGUGGUCUCCUGCACUUACUAUUUCUAAAGUUCUUCUCUCCAUUUGCUCACUCCUAUGUGACCCAAACCCUGACGACCCACUAGUGCCAGAGAUCGCACGGAUCUACAAAACAGAUAGUCAGAAGUACAAUAAAUUAGCUCAGGAGUGGACGGCGAAGUAUGCCAUGCUUUAGGAUACACCAGAAUGGCAAAAGAAUGGACAACCAAAUACGCAAUGUGAUGGCAUCGUCCGGGAAGCUGGUGGAAAAAUGUGGUCGCUGAUUCAAACUUAAAAUUCCAGGAUUCUGUUUCUUCUUUUUCACUUUUUGUUAAUCAGAGCAUUUUACCCUCCUUUCCGUUCCUCCCCCCCCCACCCCCCACCCCACCUGAGUGCUCAUAAGAAGAUAGUGUUUUCUCUCUAGGACACAUGCCAGUUUCUGUGAGGUUUCAAUUCCCAUUUUGUACGGAUUUAAAAAAAAGAAAAGAAAAAACAAUCACCAUGGUUCUGAACACUCAGCUUGAGCAUGCACCAGUACGAGUUUUUCAACCCAGAUUUGGUGAUGUUAGUCAUUCACUCUGCACAUACACGUAGUAGAAUCUGAUGCAACUGGUCCCCUGAUGCUGAACCAGCUCAGCCCCAUGACGACCAACGGGGGGGGACCGGCUGGAUCCUGCGAGGUCGAUGUUUCCUUUGAGGUCAGCUGAGCUCCUCCGCGUUUCUACAGAAGCUGUUACGUAUAAAAAUGUAUGCGUUUCAAGUUUUCUGAUAGGCAAAAAAAACAAUCUGCCAUUCUGUGAAAGUGAUCCAAUCUGAAAACGGGGAAUGCCUUCUCUCUGAAAGACGAGUGAAACCGGUCGGUGGGACGUCAGUGUGUUCUUCUGAUCAUUAGCAUAGGGAUUUAUUACCUGAGGAAAGAAGUGUAUCUUAUUCCACUACCAGUGUGUGUACAGAGAAGCACAGCAUUAUAUAUCAAUGUUAAGGAAACAAAAAUAUAAGAACUUCAAUGUUGUAUUUUAUGCAUGUUAAUAAAGGUAGGCUAUUAUAUCUGAUGUUUCUGCAAAUUAAGUGGAUUGUAAGGCUGAACAGUUGGAAAAAAAUUUGGUUCCCCUCAAAGGCUUUCUAUUUCUUUUUUGUUAUUUAGAAGCCAGUAGAUGAGCAAUUAGUUUUUAAUGCCCACUUGAACACUGUCUUCUUGUAGCCCGAAAAUAUUGACGCAAAGCUGAUGGUUGAUAAUCAACUUGUGGCUCUAUUUCUUUUUAGUUUUCCCUUCAAUAAAGUUACUUAAACCAUAAAGAGAA